AUGCCGGCCGCGUCGGCCACGGGCGGGCACGCCGGGCGGUGGCCCCGCGUCGGCCGCGCGAGGCACGCACGGGCGGUGGCGGAGCCAGCGUGCCGCGCCGACCCCGGCCCUCGGCGCCCGCGGAGCCCGGCCCCGCUGCCCCCACCCCCGCCACCCACCUCGCCGUCUUUGCUCGCUCGGCGUGGAGCCCGGCCGGCCGCCGCCGUGGCCAUGGAGCCGCGCGCUCGACGCCUUGCCCCGUUCGCCGCGCUGCGGCUACGCGGCGCCGAGGCCCGCCCGCUCGCCCGCGCCCUGCCUCGCUCGCGCGCCGUGGCCGUGGAGCCGCCCGCGCUGCGGCUCUGCGCGGCGCCGGGACCGCUCGUUGUGCCGGCCGCCCAUGCUGCUCGCCCCUUCGCCGCGCCGCUGCAGCUCCACCUCGCAGUGUCCGCGCGCCGCACCUCGUCACUUCGCCAGCGUGCCGUACCUCGAUGGCGGUCGCGCCUCGCCUGGACGCCGACCGCACGCUACACCUUGACGGCGGCGCCUGUGCAUGGACGCCGCUCGCGUCUCCCCUGA